UGUGUCCAACCAUCACCAUCAGCUAGCUGACUGGCUAGCAAGUAGCUUGCCUGCUUCGCACAGGUGUCGCUGGAGGACCUUGGGCUGGGUGCAUUGGUGGUCUGAACGAAGAAUCGGCCAAUGUAGCAUUCACAGCAGCAGUAUUGCCCCGUUAGUCCUCUCAUGCUCUCGCACUGCAUGGCUUCACCUGCCAACGUCUCCCUUCUCGUCACUUCACCCCUGGGCCACAACUCCCUCAUGCUCUGGUCACAGGCCCCACACAGACUGCCCAAUGACCGCCUGGAUUGUCCUGCCCGUCAGCCUUGCUGCCUUCUCCAUCACAGGAAUAUGGAUAGUCUAUGCCAUGGCUGUAAUGAACCACCAUGUUUGUCCUGUAGAGAACUGGACCUACAAUGUCACGUGCACUGAGGAAACAGCCAGAAGGGGUUUCCCCAAGACAUGCUGCACAUUACAGGAUAUACCCCUGAUCAGCAAAUGUGGCUCAUACCCCCCAGAGAGCUGUCUCUUCAGCCUGAUUGGCAACGUGGGAGCCUUCAUGGUGGUGAUGGUCUGCAUGCUCCGCUAUGCCCAGGUGAUUGAGCACAGUCACCACUGCUGGACAAACACCAGUGCCCUGGUGUCAGGCUGUGUCAACGCCUUAGGUCUGGUCAUGGUGGGGAAUUUCCAGGUGGACCAUGCCAAGUCUUUGCACUAUGUGGGCGCGGGCGUGGCCUUCCCGGCAGGGCUACUUUUUGUGUGCCUGCAGUGUGUGCUCACCUACCGCAUCGCAGAGACCACUCUGGACUACUGGAUGGCCCACGUGCGGGUAGCCCUCUCGGCCGGGGCCCUCGUCUCUCUGGUCCUCAGCGGCGCUUUCUUCAUCCACGAGAGCUUCGUCCUGCAGCACGCGGCCGCCAUCUGCGAGUGGGUCUUCACCGUCAUCAUCCUCGUCUACUACGGCACCUUCACCUACGAGUUCGGCACCGUCACCACCGACACCGUCAUGGCCGUCCUGGCGCAGCGCAGCAGCCUCCACCUCCACCAGCCCAGCGGCGUCAUCAUGGGCGGCAUGGCCAGCAUGGGAGGCAUGGCCAGCAUGGGCGCCAUGGGCAAGAGCGCGCCCAUCGGCUUCGGCGCCCACGACCUGAAGUCCCCGGGCGGCGGAAGCACCUCGGCUCACCUCACCUGUAACCCCGAAAGCACGGCCAUGCUGUAGCCCGGGGCAGCGGGCAACGGAAAGGUGCCGCACCGCACCACACCACAACGCCACUCGAAAAACCUCGACAAGAGUGUUCAGCACUGCCCACAGCGUAGCACUGCUACCUAAGGGUGUUUCUUUUUCAUGAGAAAACAAACAAACAAACAAACAAACAAACAAACGACAAAAAAAAAACGGGACAGAGAAGAAUUAGAAAUAGUAGACGUAGUAGAGAUAUAGGCUGUGCUUGAGUCUCCCUCCCCACCUCCCCACCCCACCUAAAGUAAUGUCGACUUCUAUCGCGAACGUGCUCCCGGUUCUCAAGGCAAUAUUUUGCUGCGGAUGUGAACAUGCGUGGGGAGGGGAUCCAGCCUGUUGUCUGUUUGAAUGAAUGUCACAGAGACAAAAAAAAAAAGAUGGGAAUUGCAUAAAAACAUGUACAGAUGACGAGGAUGCUUAGCCUGUACCUCAGCUCGAUGUCUGGAGAAUGCUUCUCUCCCUCACAUUUUAUCACCCAAUAAUGCACGGACACACACACACACACACACACAUAGACACACACACACACACUUACACACAGGAUGUGUUAACGCAUGCCCCAGUGUACCAUCACUCAAUCGUCCCGUGACGACGUGGUGAACACUACCUCAAUUCAAGUCGUAAAUACAGUAUAUCCCCUUCAUAGUGUCCUUUGUUCAACCCAUACUCUUCAUGUGUGGUUUUCAAGAUGUGGGGGUGGGGGGAGGUUGGGGUGUGUUGACGGCAGCAAUAUUGAGUGUAUGUUACAGAUGUGAAGUCGCUCUUAACAGCAAUAUCUGAUCUGUGAAAGUAUUUAAUGCAAUACUGGAGGGGAAUUGUUAUUCUCAUAGUCUAUUACCUAGCAUUAAGUGAGCCUGUAUGGAAACGUAAGCAGAUGAAAUGGUCUGUAAAGGAACAGUGAGCGGAGAAUUGAACUGGAGAGAGUACAGCAUCAUGGUGCAAUGGCUUGCCAUCUCAACAGGAAUGCCUCUAGCACGCCAGUGCGUUUGUACAAGCACAGCAGAUCUUUUCCACCUCAGCCAUUUUAUAUGUUGCAGCUGAGCAAACAGAACUGAGUCUUAAAACAUUAAUUAUUGAUCUAUGGGAGUAUGGUGCUCACAAGCAGUGUGAAGCUAAUCAAUGCCUCGAGCUUUCAAUUGUGCUUGCUCCUCUAUGGUGUACCAAAAUGGCUGCAGUGGAAAAAGGGGUCUGUUGACAGCUUUUUGCAGGUCUGAAGCCGGUAGGGAAGGACACCUUACCGGCAUGGGAUAGGAACCCCUGCUGCUUGUACUCUGUGGCAGUGCGAGCACUGGGUAGACUGAGGCACAGAGCUCUCUGGCCCGCCACAUGUGUUGAGGCUCCCUGUUGGAAGAUGUUGUUUUGGCCUGGUGAAAGCUAAGCUGAGCACACUAAUGUGCUCAAUGUAUCCCAUUUGCUUGUACUGUAAGUGAUAUCGCAUUAGUACAGAAUGGCCCAAAGCGUCACAGAACUAUAAUCAAAAAGUAGUUGGACUUGAAGGUAAGCGUCAGCAAUUGUU